AUGCAGAUUUCAUUCAAGACGGUGAAUGGAAAGAGCGUAAACCUAGAGGUGGAGGAUAGCUCCGAAACCAUCGACUUCAAGAUCCAUGGACCCAUCUGUCAACUGGAUCUGGAUCUCGGUUCGGAUCUUGGACCGGAUGCAGCCAUGCGAAUUUUUGUAUCGACUAUAAAGGAGAAAACAUUCAUCCUAGAGGUGAAGGGGUCCGACACCAUUAAGAGAGUCAAGACCAUGAUCCAUGAUCAGGGUGGCCCACCAUGGAACAAGCUGAGUCUAAACUAUCUGGGCACGAAGCUCAGCAAUACUCGCACCGUAGCAGACUACAACAUCAAGCCAGACGCUAAUCUUGUCAUUAUGCAGAGUGGUUGCAUUUGCUAA